UGGGUUUUACAUUCAUACAUAUACACCUCACCUUUCACUCACACAGACAUUUGCUGACAGACAGAUUAAACUGUAUUGAUUCAUUUGCAUUUACUUAAUUAAAUUAACUAUUCGCAGGCUGCGUGGUCUUCCUCUCACACUUUUUAACUAGGUUGUGACAGUAGUCGACAGUAGUAAGUGGACCUUGAAUUGAACUCCCAUAAGGUUGAGAGUGAAAUGAGAUGAAUUAAACAGUGAGAGCAGAUGAAUGAGAAGAAUAUAUAUAUAUAUCAUGUAAAUAUACAGUAAAUAUACAGAGUUAACAAACUUUAUAAUAAUAAUGACUUUAUUUCCUUUAAAAUUACAAAACUUAAUUUCAAUUGUCCUGAUCUUAAAGUGUCUAAAGAUCAAAUCUGUCAGGAUAACUGUAUGUUAAUGAUGCAGCAACAAUAAUCAGAGAGCAGCAUUUAUUAGAGGAUUAUUAUUUAUAUUAAACUUCUCAAGAAGGAAAAGUUGAAAUUUAAGAAGCUAAAAAGGCUUCAUUAACAUCUGAGGAGUGAAGGUGGGAACAGACUGCCCUCUGCUGGACUGAUGAAGAACUGAUCUCAGUUUAGCCAUCAGAUGGAGAAAAUGUACACUUGAAUCCAUUUUUAUUUUGUUCGUGAGAGUUUCUGUAAAGACAAACUUCAGUUUGAUCUAAUCAUGUAAAGUCAGAUGUGCUUGUAUAGAAGAUUUAAACCUAAUAAAAGUAUAAACUUUAGUAUAUAAUGUUCUGUAUAUAUAUAUUAAUGUGAUGGUGCUGUUGAAGCCACCUGCUGAAUAUUUACCCUCCACGGUCCAAACUGCAGAGGUCAAAGGUCACAGACACACAGAGUCAAUGACCUCGACUGUGUUAACAGGCUCUGAUUCAACCAAUCAGAGGACAGCACAUUCUCACUGUCUGUCUGUCUGUCUGUCUGUCUUCUUCUUCUUCUGGUAUCUCUGCAGUGUGACGAUGCACAGCAAAGGAAACUCCUGCUGCUGUUCCUUUGAGGACUACAAACUGACCACAGAGUGGCUGCUUAACCACACGAGUCACCGUCCAAAGGUUGCAGUGAUCUGUGGUUCAGGACUCGGCCUGCUGGCUGACGGAGCUGCCAACAAACAGACCUUCAGGUACCAGGAUAUCCCCAACUUCCCUGUCAGUACAGUCGCAGGUCAUGAAGGCUGCCUGGUGUUUGGGACGAUCGAGGACACUUCCUGUGUCUUCAUGCAGGGUCACUUCCACCUGUACGAAGGUUACUCCCUCUGUCAGGUGA